AUGCUGCGACGUGCAGCUCGAUCAUCCCUACGUAGUGCGUCCCGCCGCGCCACUGCCCAGAAGCUCAAGGCCGUAUCCACCUCACUGCAGUUGUGCCAACCCAAUGGUGCAAAAGCUCCAUCACAUCACUACCCCGUGCAGGUCGCGCUCUUCUCGUCCGACGUCUCAGCUCCAUCCCAGCAAAUGCCAGAGCGCGAGUUCGUCGAGCUGGCAGACGAGACGCUGCAUGAAAUUCAGAACUGGCUCGAUGGCAUUGAGGAGAUGCUGGACAACUCUGACAUUAUGUUCACGCAAGGCGUCUUGAAGAUCGAUCUCGGUGAGCACGGUACGUGGGUGCUCAACCGUCAAGUGCCUAACAGACAGAUCUGGUGGUCGUCUCCAAUCAGUGGUCCUCGUCGGUACGAGUACGAUGCUGAACAUGGUCACUGGGUCAACACGCGAGACAAAGGUGAGCUGGUGGAGUUGUUGCGCUCAGAGAUCCUUGAUGCGACAGGUAUUGAGAUCUACAGCUGA